CAGCAUUAUUUUUAUCCUACCUGGAACUUACCUGCUCUUCCCACGAAAUCAUAAUAUUUACACACACGCACACAAAUCCACGAAAUUUACAACUUUGAAAACCUCGCCCCGCCAUUGAGCACGAACCGUUUGAAACUCUCAAGACAAAACCCAAACCAAGCAGCGAACCAACCACGAUGGCCGAUACCGCGAAACCCGCGAGGAAAGCCUCGCCCAUCAAGACCGCCUAUCUCAUCCUAUACAAUGCGGCGUCCGCCAUCCUGUGGUUCAGCGUCCUCGCCAAUGUCAUCAACGUCAACGUCUCGGCCGGCACCCCGAAGCCCGUAUACCCGGCCAUCGGCCAGUUCACCAAGUGGACGCAGACGCUGGCUGGCAUGGAGGUUCUGCACUCGCUACUAGGCGUCGUCCGCGCCCCCUUCAUCACGACCUUCAUGCAAGUAUUCAGCCGGUACGCCAUCGUCUGGGGAAUAAUCGACCUGUUCCCCUCCCUUGCGCUCGGUUUCCCCUCCAGCGGCGGGGGCGACUACUACUCGUCGGCCGCGUACUCGUCGAUGCUGCUGGCGUGGGCGACGACCGAGGUGAUCCGGUACACGUACUUCGCGCUGGCGCUGUCCUCGGGCGGCAACCCACCGUACGCGCUGCACUGGCUGCGGUACCACGCCUUCUUCGUGCUGUACCCCGUCGGCAUCUCGAGCGAGGCGUACCUCAUCUGGCGCGCGGUCGAGCCGGCAAAGGCGGGCGUGAGCCCACUGUACUCGACGGUGCUGUUUGGAUAUCUUGCGUUGGUGUAUCCGCCUUCGUCAUACAUCAUGUACACACACAUGAUGAGCCAGAGGCGGAAGGUCAUGAAAGCAGCCAAGACAGAGGGCAAGAAGACGCAAUAGAUGAUAUUGGUAUAAAUCUACUUAUUUUUAUAUCAUGAUUGGCCAAAAGGGUUAUGAGACCUCGAGUUACGAGACUCCUUGGG